GAUUCAGACCGAGCAGGCGUCCCCUACCCCCAGCGCAUCCCAUCUCUAUAAAGCAACGCACGCGAGAGCCCUGCAAUUUCUGGUCUGUCGGGUUGCGGACUGUACCAAGUAAACCCGGACAGCGAGGGGCAAAGCCCGAAACCCCCUGCGUGAGCCUCGUUCAUAUCCCCUCUUCACACUGUUCUAGGAAUGGUCCUUCUCGCCGCGCAAGCGCCUUAGGCUCUUCACGCCCCUCGCGCUUCCUAUCCUCUUGCAGCGCAGGCGCCGAACCCGGGCGUGCUGCCGCUGCCGCCGCCGAGCCGGAGCGGGGGCCGCCCUCGCCGCAUCCCUCUACCUGCUGACAUCCUGCAUUAGAGAACUCAAGGCCGAGGUAUUUCUGGGAAGAGCUGGCCAGGGAGGGACGCUGCCUAGCUGCUGCUCUGCUCCUGUCUCCUGUCCCCUCCUCUGGCCAUGACAGAGACCCGUGAGCCAGCUGAGACUGGGGGCUACGCCAGCUUGGAAGAAGAUGAUGAGGACCUCUCUCCAGGCCCCGAGCAUUCCUCUGACUCCGAAUACACACUCUCAGAGCCGGACUCUGAAGAGGAAGAAGAUGAGGAGGAGGAAGAAGAGGAGACCACUGAUGACCCCGAAUAUGACCCUGGCUACAAGGUGAAGCAGCGCCUGGGUGGGGGCCGGGGUGGCCCCUCCCGCCGGGCCCCCCGUGCAGCCCAGCCCCCGGGCCCCGCAGCCCAGCCCUGCCAGCUCUGUGGCCGCUCGCCCCUUGGGGAGGCCCCACCAGGCACCCCACCCUGCCGCCUCUGCUCUCCCGCGACAGCCCCCCAGGAAGUGCCAGCCCCUGAAGGCAGGGUGCUUGGGGAGGAAGAAGAAGAGCCCCCUCGGGCUAGGGAGGGCCGACCCGCUGGGAGGGAGGAGGAUGAGGAUGAGGACGAGGAGGGCACCUACCACUGCACGGAGUGCGAGGAUUCCUUCGACAACCUCGGGGAGCUGCACGGGCACUUCAUGCUGCAUGCCCGGGGUGAGGUGUAGGCAGAGUUCCCCGCCUAGGAAGCUUGGCAGAAGGGGUGGGGUGGGAGGAGGGGCUGAGGAAAUUGGGUGGUUGAAAUAGUCCUGGGGGUGGGAUACUGCUGAUCUGUGUCGUCUUAGCAGUAUGUGUGAAGGCCAGAAUAAAGCUGGA